AUUAAAAGGAGCUGACUGGUUUUUCUUAAUCAGUUGUAUCCUGACUUGUAGGAGUAAACCCCUGAUUUAUCAGGUAACCACGCAAAAAAAUCCUCAGUUUUGGAGGAACUAGGCCGAAGUUGACGGAUCGCGUCCCCAUAAUGAGAUGGAGUUAGGAAAAUCAAUUGAGAAUCAAAACAACGUUGUGGCAAGACUAGCCAAGCAAGUCAUUGAUACCAAGGCCAAUGGCUCCAAUCUUGUCUUUUCACCGACGUCAAUCAACGUUUUGCUCAGCCUCAUCGCCGCUGGUUCUAGUCCCAACACCAAAGAAGAAAUCCUUUCAUUCCUCAUGUCACCGUCAACGGAUCACCUUAACGCAGUCUUGGCCAAGAUCGCGGACAGCGGCCCCGAGAGAAGUGAUUUGUGCUUAUCUGCGGCUAACGGUGUCUGGAUCGACAAGUCUGUCUCCUUGAAGUCUUCCUUUAAAGAGCUUUUGGAGAACUCCUACAAGGCUACUUGUAGUCAAGUUGACUUUGCAACCAAGCCUGGUGAUGUGAUUGAUGAAGUGAAUAAAUGGGCGGAAGUCAACACCAAUGGACUCAUCAAAAAAAUUCUGUCACGUGAUUCUAUCGAGACUAUCCGUAGCAGCACACUUAUUCUAGCAAAUGCAGUGUACUUCAAAGCAGCAUGGAGCAGAAAAUUUGAUGCGAAUUUGACAAAAGAUAACGAUUUCCAUCUUCUUGAUGGUAACACAGUGAAAGUCCCAUUCAUGAUCAGUUAUGAGGACCAAUAUCUUAGAGGCUAUGAUGGUUUCCAAGUUUUGCGCCUGCCUUAUGUAGAGGAUCAACGUCAAUUCUCCAUGUACAUUUAUCUUCCUAAUGACAAAGAUGGGUUACCUGCUCUGCUUGAGAAAAUAAGCUCUGAACCAGGAUUUCUCGAUAACCAUAUUCCACUCGACCGUAUAUCAGUAGAUGCUUUAAGAAUUCCGAAGUUUAACUUCUCUUUUGAGUUUAAAGCUUCAGAUGUUUUGAAAGACAUGGGGAUGACUUUGCCUUUUACUUCUGGAGGUAAUUUAACUGAGAUGGUUGAUUCGCCUUCCAACGGUGAUAAACUGUACGUCUCAAGCAUUCUUCAUAAAGCUUGCAUUGAGGUGGAUGAAGAGGGAACCGAAGCUGCAGCCGUCUCUGUUGGCGUCAUAAUGCUCAUGUGUUUGAGAAGGAAUCCGGAUUUCGUAGCUGACCAUCCAUUUCUGUUCACGGUGAGGGAAGAUAAGAGUGGAGUGAUUUUGUUCAUGGGUCAAGUUCUUGAUCCUUCUAAACAUUGAUUGAAACUAUGUGGUGUGAUGAGCUAACUAAGUCUCUUUCCCAUUUUAAACUUUUUGCAUAAUAAUAACAGAGCUUUGUUUGGAUUCAAUUAUGUAGGAACCCACUGCUCUGCUCGUAGUGUAUUUUUGUGUGUAUUUCUGGUUUGAUGGAUUUGAGUUUGAUGGUUCUUCUUGUUAUUGUUUGGUGUAUAAAGAGUAAAACUGAUU